AUGAUGGAAACAAACUUCACUGUGACAGAAUUUGUGUUCUUGGGGCUUUCCUCUCAGCCGACAACACAGCUCAUUCUUUUUAUUAUGUUUUUAUUCUUCUACUUAUUAACGGUGACAGGGAAUAUUGUCAUCAUCACAAUUAUCAAGCUAGAACCUCGUCUCCAAACCCCCAUGUACUAUUUCCUCACCAAUUUAUCCUUUCUGGACAUCUGCUAUACAUCCACCAAUGUUCCCCAAAUGCUGUCCAACAUGGUGGGGAAGAAGAAGACCAUCUCAUUCUAUGGCUGUGCCACUCAGAUGUACUUCUCCCUCUCCUUUGGAAUGAUUGAAUGCGUUCUGCUGGGUGUCAUGGCUUAUGAUAGAUAUGUCGCCAUCUGCCAUCCUCUUCAUUAUACUGUAAUUAUGGACCGAAGCACCUGUGUCCAACUGGCAGCCAUUUCUUGGUUCAGCAGCUUUCUGAGCUCCAUGGUCAUCAACGUCCUCACCUUGAGUUUGCCCUACUGCGGGCCCAAUAUUCUGAACCACUUCUUCUGUGAGGUGCCUUCCGUCCUGAGGUUGGCUUGCACUGACACCUCACUUACUGAGUUGGUUGUUUUUGUCUUCAGUAUCAUCAUUGUCUUCAUUCCUUUCCUCCUCAUUGUUGUUUCCUAUAUCAGAAUCCUUCACUCCGUCCUCAAGAUGAGGUCGUCCUCUGGGAGGCACAAGGCCUUGUCCACGUGUGCCUCUCACUUGACAGUGGUGGCCUUGUUCUAUGGAACUGCCAUCUUCAUGUAUAUGAGACCUCAGUCCAAGUCCUCCCGGGCAGGGGGAAAGAUCAUAGCAGUGUUUUAUACUGUGAUCACACCGAUGCUCAAUCCGUUGAUUUACAGCCUGAGGAAUCAAGAUGUAAAAGAAGCCUUCAGGAAAGUUAUAGCAAAACAGAGGACUUGA